AUGUCAACAAAAAGCAAAAGGGCAUGUUUCAGUCCUGAUGUAAAUGAGAAACCAACCUUGUUUCUGAAGCAUGGUGACCGGAGUGGAAGAGUAUUAGGAAACAGGAAGAGGAUAAUCGGAACUUGGAGUUUCCGGUUGCCGAAAGACUCGAGAUUUUCGUCGUUGAGAUUUCUACUGCGGCUUGGAGCAAAGGUGGCCAGAGCUACUGUAAGGGUUGUUUCCAUGAGAAGAAAAUCAUCUAGGAAGGUUUCUUCUUCAUCAACUUUCGUAAGGUCACGUUCUUUAUCAGAUCCUACCGAUUCACACCGAGCUGAGGCUGUGGAAGAUUGCAUUGAGUUCUUACACUCUUCUUCCUCCAGGGAGAGACCCUCCAGUUGA